CCCCUCCCCGCCAACCACACACAGGCUGCUGGUGCGGCGCGCGCGCGGUAAACGGGCUGAUCAGCUUGGAAUGGCGGUGCAAUAGUGCAACGCAGCAAUGACGAAUAACGGCCCAUGAAUGUUAGGCAGCAGCAGCACACAUCUAACACCCUACUCCACCCAGCCCAGUACGGGGAAAACCUCUUUAUUGACUCAGCGACUGCACCAGGGUGGAGCAGUAAUGAAAAUACUCCCCGCCUCUUCAAUCCUUAAGGCCCUUUUAGAUACAGAGGGUCGACAAAAUACCCACCGCCUCCCAAGGACCAAAGCAUCAGCGAGGGCCAGAGCAUCAACAAUGUCCAAACCAAUACCCCUCCCAUCGCCACCCACCUCCCCACCCCGCCCGCUCUCGGAAAACGCCACAGCUGCAACAACGACCGCACCACCACUCCCCCUCCGCGAGAUGGUAAUCUCGCCCGUGGGUGACAUACUCCUCCACCUACUCACACCUACCCACACCCUGCACUACAAAACCUCGGCGAGUGUGCUAAUCACCACGUCGAAGGUCUUCUCCGCAAUGUUGAGCCCGACAUCCCCUUUCUCCGAGGCCCAGCGCUUCAACAACUCCCCCCACUCGACGCAUCCGUUCGUGCUAAGGCUCCAUGACGAUGACCCCGUAGCCCUCUGCAUCCUCUUGAAAGCUCUGCACAACCACCCAUCCGUUCCCCGUUCGCUGACCUUCAGGCAGCUGGUCAAGAUGGCCGUCGUGGUGGACAAGUAUGAUUGCUCCCACGCCACCAGAAUGUACGGCGAUAAGUGGAUGAAGGGCUGGACCUCCAAGGCUGAGAAGGCGGGGUACGAGGAGUGGUUGUUCGUGUCGUGGGUGUGGGGCGUGGAGAAGAUUUUCGGAAAGCUUUUCGGGAAGGUGGUAAAGGAGGUGUGCGUCCAGAGGGUCGGCGGGGGCAUGGACAAAAUUCCCGUUCUCAAGGAGAGGAAAGGUGGGGGCGGGUUCGAGGAGUAUGUGCCUGAGAGUGUGUUGAAAGCGAUAUUAAACCACCGCUCAAACCUCCUCACUCACUUGAAGACCGUAUUUGCCUCCCUUUUCGAACGCUACCGGCCCUCCCCUUCCCUCUCACAACUGUCCCCUCAGUGCGCUGCCACGCCCCCUGACCCCCGCUGCGAUGCUCUGGUGUUCUUCAGCGUGUACCGCAAGCUCUCGGAAUUGAACCUCCUGCCGUGGAACACCAUUGAUGACUUGGACGGCUUCACAAUUGAUGAGUUGGUGGGCUGGAUCCUCCACACAACUCCAUCUUCGAGCAUCUCGGGAGCGGGUGGUGGGAUGAGACUCCUUUCCUUGGAAAAGCACGGAAAGGCAUGUAAUCCGCUUGAGCAACUCGCAGCGCAGGUCAAGCUGGCCAUGGCCGCGAGUGGGGGCAACGGGGAGAGGGAUGUGUGGGAGUUUAGGGCACGAGAGGAGGAAUCUUCCUGGGAAGAGAUCGGCAAAGAGGUUGGCAUCUAG